AUGGCUUCCAUCGCGAACCUACCAAACCGGAAACGCCCGCGACCACCAAACGCGUCUGUGAACGCGUCUCGACGACAGCCCGCCGACGAUGCCUCGCGGGCCGCAAAGCGAAGCCGACUCAGCGACAGCGGCACGGCGGUGUCCGGUGCUGCAUUGACGUCGCGAUCGUCGGCCGCUGCUCUUUUACGUGGACCGAACCCCAGCGUUGCCCAGAACCGCAUAGGCGGCCAGGUUACCAUACCGACGUCAAGGCAGACGACGCACCCGUCACUCCAUGACGUGACGCCCUCGCAGAUUCAGAACAAGCCGCCGCCCAGACGGCGGAGUACUGUCCAAGGAAAGAUGGCCGCGCGCAGGACAGCCGGCUCAACGCAGGCAGGUGGGCGGUCGGGGGCCACGCAGCGACGACAACAGCAGCAGCAAGAGUCGUCGCCUGACGAGCAGCCGCUUUCACGAGCGCGAAGGCGAGUUGAUGAGGAGCAGGAUGAGGAAGAAGGGGAAGAAGCUGGCGGUUCCGAAACCGACGACGUUGACGACGACGACGAUGGACCGCCCUCGCCGGAGAAGCCCUAUCCACACGUCGCGCCGUUCACACGACGCGUGCGGCAGUCCACGAUCGAAACCAAAUGGAGCCCUCUCGGCCACGGCUCCCUCAAGGCCCUCACCUCCAUUCUGCAACUCGCCCAGCGGCCCGUCCUCCAACGCCUGUCAUCCUCCUCCAACUCGUCGCGCGCCGCGCCCACCGAGGCCGCGCUGCGCCUCAUCACCAAGCGCAUCCUCGACAAGAUCCGCGCGAACGCCAAGCAGACGCUCGAGCGCCAGCUCGACCCCGUCCUGCACGCCGUCGAGUUGCUCGCCGCCGAGGCCCGCCGCGCCGAGGAGGAGCUCGAGGCCGAGUACGAGGCCCUCCGGGUGCUCGAGGCCGAGGCCCGCGCGAGGGCCAGGGACAGCAGGGCGCUGUUAAAGAAGGCGCACGUGCUGGCGCCGGACAACACCACUACCACCGGCGGUGGUGGUGGUGGUGAGGAUGCUGCGGCGGGCGGCGGCGGCGGCAGCACCGUCACGUUUGAGAAGAAGGAAGCGGCCAUGAACCCCUUUCAGAACAUCGAGGACGACGAGGUCAAGGAGAUGGUGGCGGCGCUCGGCGCGCAGGUCGACAGGCUCCGGGCAGGCGCGGCGCAGACGGAGGGCGUCGGCGACCAGAUCCCGCGCGCGCGCGCGGCGCUGCAGGCCGUGCUGGCCGGGAAGCUCGGCGCGCAGACGUACGAGUAUGUCGUGCUGGGGCGGUGA